AAAGACUGCCACAGCAUCACUUCUAGUAGAACUAUUGAUGCAGGUAUCCGGGCAGGCCAUCGCGCGGUCAAAGUCAGCUCCAACUAAAGGGAAAACCAGGAAGCAAAGCUGCUAACUUCCUUGCCUGCGCCGGCAGCCCACCGGCCUAGGUUAAGCUCAUAGCGUUAUGGCGCCAGAAGUGUCAAGUUUAGCGCCGGCGGUCGCUGUGGCGAAACCGGCAUGCACUCUUGCGACAGUGGCGUUCUUGGCCAGCAUACCCCUGAGGCUGCCCGUGUGGCUGGCCAGGUUUGCCCUGCGCGAAGCGCUCCGCGCCCUAGCGCAGUCGCAGUUCCUUACGGAUAUGUUGCGCGGCGUGUGUCGCCGACAAGGCCUGAUGAGCGCGGCCCAGUUGCAGGACGCAGGCAGCCAGACCAGCCUGGACGUGUCGCGGCUACUGGCGCUAUCGGAGGAGAACGAGGGCGCGGCGGCGGGGCUGCAGCAGGCCCUGGUCGCGAGCCAGCGGCAGCAGUCAGCACUGCAGUCAGAGCUGCGGGCGGCGCAGGAGGCCAUACAGCUCAUGGUGCCGCGCAUCCACGAGCUGCAGCAGCGCAAUGGGCGGCUGUACGAGGCACUGGGCCGCGCCCACAGCGCCCUCGAGGCGGCGGCGCGGCAGGUGGCUGCGGGAGUGCAGGUGGCCUCGGCCGCUGCUGGGGACGCAACGGCGCCGAGCACUCCCAGGGCCGACACCGCGUCACCGGCCGCGGCGCUGCGUGACGCGAUGGCGGACGUCCGGCGGACCAUGGCGGAGGAGGAGGAGGAGUGCGACGGCGGGGAGGUGGAGCUGCGGGGCGAGGGGCCGGCCUCGCCCAUGCUGCCCGGUGGCGCCAGCGGCGGCAGCACACGCCGCCGGGACGACGCGGGCUUGUCGCCCGACCAGGCCUCCAGCCCCCUGACCGCCCGCCGCCGCAGCAGCACCCCCAACAGCAGCGGCGCGUCAGCGGCAGCGGCUGCCCUGGUCACCGCCGCCCUGCAGCGAGCCAUGAGCAGCGCCGCCAGUACGCCACGGGGCGUGACGCCGCGGGGAGGUGCCGGCGCCGGUGCGGUGGCGUCAGCCGCAGGGCUAACGCCGCGGGGCGGCAUGGGCAAGGCCGCUACUGCCGUGUCUUUGCCCCCGCUGCCCCUAGCCAAGAUACGGGAAGCGGCAUGAGCACCAUCUGCAUGCAGCAUGGCGUGUCUGCUGUUCGUCAGCUGCUGCGCGCGACGGAGCUCUGCCUGGGGCACGGUCCAAGGGUUAUGCUGUCCCUGAUAAACGUAACCCGCAAAUGCCGCGCGUUGCUGCGCACGUGGUGGAGUGUGCCGUCGCGGGGCCAUCAGCCCCAGCCUUCACCGUGGCAACCCGUGCCGCUGGCAUGAUGAUGACCCAAGCACGGAUUGCGGGCUUUGCUACCCAUUGGCUACCCAUGGCCGCAUGGGACGGGAACUGGCGCUUGCAGGAGCCGGGGUGCGUGCGUGCACUGUUAGCGUGAUCAUGUCGCACGAGUCAUAUGCUGACGUGACAAUAUAGGUGCGGCAGUCAUAUGUGCAAUAUGGGCUCGAAGGCAUUUGGCGUGUAGGCGGGGCAGCAACAUUGCUGAGAAAGCCUGUCGUAGAAGGGCAGGAAACAGUGGGGCGCUGCAAGGCGUCUUAACAAUGGCACUGUCAAUGUUACAAUAAGGCCCUGGGCCAGCGUGCUUGCUGCGAGCGCAGUGACAAACAAAGGUGAUUCGAAGUGCUUGGGGUGAAGCUAAUGCUGGCAUUGUCCAGGUGGGUUGCCGACCUGGUGCUGCCGCAAUCGCACACCACUGCCGCAAGGUUGCAUCCGGCCCAGAUGGCGUACUCAUGGGCGGAUAUGCGGCGGCGCAUGUUAGCAUAUGAUCAUGUAAGCCUGCAACAGU